AUGUCAGACGAUCUACUAGUCUCAAAUUUGUUCUCAGUGAAGGAUAAAGUAGCGUUAAUUACAGGUGGAGGCACUGGAAUUGGUAAAAUGAUUGCAAAAGCAUUCGUAAAGAAUGGUGCAAUAGUAUAUAUCGCUUCAAGGAAUAAAACAGCUGUUUCAAGGGACAAAACGAAUCUUGAUGACGUUGCAAAUGAAUUAACAGAAAUGGGACCCGGAAAAUGUUUUAGUAUUGAAGCGAAUUUGGAUUCAAAAGAUGCUUGCGAAAAAUUGGUGACUGAUUUCAAAAAUUUAGGAAAUGAUAAACUCGAUAUUCUUGUGGAUAAUGCUGCUACUUGGCAUGAGUCGCCUUUGACAGAUAUUCCCGAAGAUGCGUGGGAUAGAAUCUAUAACUUAAAUGUUAAAUGUGUUUUCUAUUUAACGAUGGCUUUUUUACCAUUACUCGAAAAGGCCAGUAAAAAACUGGUUGAUCCAUCAAGAGUUAUCAUAACCGGAAGCAUUCUUGGAAUCAAUGUCAAUGUCUUGGCUCCUGGUAUGACUCCCGUAAAAACUACAUCAGCUGAACUUGAUGAUAUAAUGCUUAGUGAUCUUCCUCAGGGUGAGUUAGACAUGGCUGGAGCGGCAUUAUACUUAGCUUCGCGUGCUGGUAGUUGGGUAUCUGGCAUUGAGCUUGUAGUCGAUGGUGGAACUCUUUUACAAUUUAGAUUAACGGAUGUACAAAAAGUUUCAUUGUAA